AUGAAAGUUGAAAAUAAUAACUCACUCGCUAUCGUGGACGUUCUCAUCACAAAGUCCAACAACUCUUCACACACGGUCUACCGAAAACCUACCCAUACUAACCGCUACCUCAAUGCCAAGUCCCAUCAUCAUCCUGCUCAGCUGAAUUCCGUUCUGAAUUUCUUCAUACAUCGUUCUAUAAGACUCACUGACAACCACAAUAGAUCCAGGGAACUAUAUGAAUUCACAACCGCUCUUCACCAAAACGACUAUCCCGUCUCCCAAAUACAAAGAUUCAUCCAACGACAGCAAACACAAACCCCACCCCACGAGUUAUCCGGGGAACAGACCAACCAGACAAAAGCUUUUCUCUCCUACAUCCAUGGAGUCACUGACAAA